AUGGCAUCAGCAACACCCCUUUUGAAAGAUGAGCUCGACAUCGUGAUCCCCACGAUCAGGAAUCUGGAUUUCUUGGAGAUGUGGAGGCCAUUCUUUGAGCCUUACCAUCUCAUAAUUGUGCAAGAUGGUGACCCUUCAAAGACCAUCAAGGUCCCUGAAGGCUUUGACUAUGAGCUCUACAACCGCAAUGACAUCAACAGGAUCCUUGGCCCCAAGGCCAAUUGCAUCUCCUUCAAGGACUCUGCAUGCCGUUGCUUUGGCUACAUGGUCUCCAAAAAGAAGUACAUCUACACCAUUGAUGAUGACUGCUUUGUUGCCACUGAUCCAUCUGGACACAAGAUUAAUGCACUUAAACAGCAUAUAGAAAACCUCCUCUGUCCAUCCACACCCUUUUUUUUCAACACCCUCUAUGAACCUUUCCGAGAAGGUGCAGAUUUUGUUCGUGGUUACCCUUUCAGUCUCCGGGAAGGUGUACCAACUGCAGUUUCUCAUGGUCUUUGGCUCAACAUCCCAGACUACGAUGCUCCUACCCAGCUUGUGAAGCCUCUUGAGAGGAACACUAGGUAUGUGGAUGCUGUUUUGACCAUACCAAAGGGCACUUUGUUUCCCAUGUGUGGAAUGAACUUGGCCUUUGAUCGUGAUCUCAUAGGAGCAGCAAUGUACUUUGGUCUCAUGGGUGAUGGUCAGCCUAUUGGACGCUACGACGACAUGUGGGCUGGCUGGUGCUGCAAGGUAAUCUGUGAUCACUUGGGAUUGGGAAUCAAGACUGGUCUGCCCUAUAUCUAUCACAGCAAGGCCAGCAACCCAUUUGUGAACUUGAGGAAAGAGUACAAAGGCAUAUUCUGGCAAGAAGACAUUAUCCCAUUCUUCCAGAGCGUUGUUCUUCCAAAAGAAGCUACCACUGUUCAGAAGUGCUACAUUGAGCUUGCCAAGCAAGUCAAGGAAAAGCUUACCAAGGUAGAUCCUUACUUUGACAAGUUGGCAGAUGCCAUGGUCACUUGGAUUGAAGCUUGGGAUGAGCUUAACCCUGCUGGAGCAUCAGUGGCCAAUGGCAAAGCAUGAAUCAGUUUUGGUUAACUGCAUAACAACAGCCACAGAACUUGAAGUGGAACUAUUUAUAUACUGUAUUUUUUUUCCCUUAGUAUUUAUUUUCAACUUAACUUUUAUUCUUGGCUUGAAUUUUGCAGCAUUGUUAGCUGUAAUUCUAUUUAGUAACUUAAUGAUUUGAGCUUAGAAAGAACAAGUACACCCGUAGGGCGUUACUUUCUUUUUAUUACUGUUUAAUGGGUAGAGUUCACAUGGCAGCAUUUCGUUACAUGUGAAAUAAUAGAACGGAUAGUGGUGUAUGUCUUAUUUAUUACCGAGUAAUCGAGUAUAGAUCCAUAGUGGUCUAUUUUUAACUGAUGUAUUCGGAACUUUGGAUUUUAUCUGCCACUUGAUUAUUGUCC